GUUUAAUUUACAAAACAUUUACAAAUAGUUUUACUGAAUUAUAACAAAGAUUUUACUAUAUAAACAAUAUGUAUCAUGGAGAACAAAUUUAUAACCUUUAGUCACAUUGAAAAACUAGGGCAUCAAUUGUUAGAAAUAAGAGAAAGGGCUUUAUUUAACCUUAUAUCGAAAUUAGACAAUGGUUAUGUAUUUGAUAAUGUAUUGAGUCGAAGUAAAGAACUCCUCAUAAAGCUAUUUAAUUGGUUUUUAAAUGAGCCCUGUACUCAAGAAGAGACAGUCCUAAAACUAUUGAGAAGAAUUCUUGAUUCUGAAAGUGGGGAAGUUUUAAUAAGCCAUUAUGGAAAUAAUUUAAUUUUAAAUGAGCUCAAAAAAAUACAGUCAUACAUUGAACCGAAAUAUCUUAAAGAUAUUGAAGACCUAAUACAAAUUACCAUAAAUAAUAUAAAAGAUAUCCCACCUCUUGUAAGUGAUGUUCCAUUGAGUUACAGAAGUGAUUCCAUCACAGAUAGAACUAAAACAGUGGAAUCCACAGCCACACCAUUUCAUGUAUAUGUUGAACAGGAUGAAUCUUAUGACCAACAAGUUCAACCUCAUUCUCAAAGAAAUCCCACAACAGACACUUACAGAGUAAAUAGUGUUCAAAGCACAGAUGAAGAUUUUACUCUUGACUGGCAACCUUUGAUAGAGCCAGAUAGGCGUGUUCUAAAAGAAAUGGAAAAACGCUUAUCAAACCCACCACAACCUGCAGAAUUAAUACAUUCAUGUGAAUUUUUUGUUACAGUUUUAUUGCAUGAUUUUCCUGCAGAAGUUUUUAUACAAAGACCAAAUGUUAUUCAUAAUUUUUUUAAUUUGUUAGAAGUUUGUCUGUCUAGUAAAGUUAUAAAUUCUGUCUUAAAAUGUCUAUAUGACUUAACAAAAGCUUUGCAAGUAAGAUUAAGCCAAUUCAGUGACCCUUCAAUGAACAGUUAUAAGUUGCAGCUUCAAGCAGCAACACAAAAUGAUAGUGCAAGAAGUUCAAGCACAAACAGAAGUUCUGGAAGUGGUUCCAGGACAAACUCAAAUAGUAGUGAAAAGUUUGAAUUAUUUGAGGAUACAAUUAGACUUAAAAAAUUGCAAAUUUCUCUUUCAAAAUAUUGUUCUCUAACUGGGAUAAGUGUUAUGAAAUUUUUGUGUAGAAAACCUGGUUCUUGGCGGUCUGAAAGAAGUAAACAUACCAAUCAGGCUGGUUUAAAUUUAGCAGUGAAUUUGCUGGAGGAGACUUUUAUACUUCUGCAGUCAACUUCGGACCAUAACCAUGUUAAUUUCAAAAAGAGAGAAUUCAAUGAACUCCUUUAUUUUCUUGGAGAAACUAUGGACUUUUUCAGGCUGGAAUUCUGCACUUCUGAAAACAAUUUGAAUAGUAGGGCCUUAUAUCUACAUAUUUUGCACACAUGUGCUUCAACUCUGAACAAAUUGGUUGCACCAGCUGAAUGUAUUUAUUUGUUGCCACCAAAUUUUAAGAAAGCCCUUUCUAAUUCUUUAAUGGAUGUGACUUUGUCUAGAUUAUAUCCAGAAGUACACGAAAUUUUGUUGGAAUAUGUACAAAAUAUCUGUCUAGAGGGAGAGACAAAUGAUCUUAAGAAAUACAAGUGCAUUAAAGAAGUGUGUAAUGGAAUGACUGCAACUGUUAAAAUAUUGAACAAUUAUAAAAUUUUAAGUUUAAAGGAAUUAUUGUGUUUUGCAGUGGAGGCAUUGCCUAGUUUAGAGUUCCAUCGAAAUUUGCUAUUUGUUAAAUUGGUGGUUGUGACAUUGUCAGACAAGUUGUAUUUGUUACAUAAAGACGUGGAUGUAGUGCAAAUUGCAGAAGAUAUUACUUUAAAGUUAUUGGCUCAUAAUGAUGAGAGAAUUAAGGAAGAAAUGUACAGGAUGUGUCACUCCCAGGUAGUAUCAGUUCUUGGUCCAAAUGGACAAUCUUCCGAAGAUUCCGCCGGUUCUGAAGUAUUAUUCCUUUUGACUACCAAAGUAUUAACUGAAAUUGCCAUAUUUGGGGUACACUACGAACAACCAAAGAUAAAAUUAUACGCCGAAAAUAUUAUAAACCACAUAAUAAAAGGUAAACUGCUUAUGUCUGAGCGCAUGUGGGAUAAAACAGUGGAAGCACUCAUCCCUGCCAUGCCCAUUGUAUCCUGUUGCUGCGAAAAGGAAACAAUUCUCGGGAAGAUUGUAAUUAACGUUCUGGACCCGGACACGGCAUCAGAUCUUCUCAUACCCAAUGUAACUUUGCUGAAGAGCAACGCCGUUCUCAUGUUUUCGACGAAUAAGGCCGUGAGGGAUGAGGCUUUUAGCAGGAUAUGUUGGUUAUUGGCCAGUCAGGACGACGCCAGGGAAAUGCUGCCCAGGAUGAACAGUUUGUAUGAUAAGGCGUUGUCGAAAGUUUGCCAACAACCGAAAGUGUUGGAUCUGAAUAAACACAGACUCACCCAACAUUUUUAUCAACCUAGUAGUGUGUGUCAGAUUAUGGACGUCCUGAAAUCGGAAAACAUUGAGCCUGUUAUUAGGAGAUCAGCGUUGACUCAGCUCAGCGUUAUGUUAGAGGAUUCGUUAUUGCAUAACAUCUUUCUCGAUUCAGAUGGAUUGGAGAGUAUUGUGGCGUGUAUGAAGUCUGCGUUAACUGAACAGGAUUAUAAGGAUUACCCUGAUUCAAUUAUUCCAAUAAUUACCCUUUUAAAAAAUCUUAUUAUUUAUAAUUCCAACGUCAGGGAGACUUUGAGCAACGAUUGUAAUGUGAUUACUUGUAUAUUGCGAGGAAUGUUUCUGUUUUUCUCUGAAGAACGAGUGAGGCAAGACGGCAGUAUUUUAUUAUUUUUUCUGUUGUUUAAAGAUUUUAUUAUGGGCUCUCCAUCUAAAGCAAACAUAUCAAUACCCCGUUUUGUGUAUGAUACUCUGCAUGUCCCAUUUAUUUGUGGCACUCAUUGGUCCCACAGUUCAUAUCAGUUAGAAAGAAUCAUUGACACUAUUAUUAAUGAUAAAUGGAGCCUGAGUUCUUUGCAAAUUCAGUGGAAUAUAGAAGUGUUUGGUUUUCAAAAAUUGCUCAAAAUGGAUUUUAUAAGUUACGACGACUACAAUGAUAUCGAUGUGCCAGAUAUUCUACAAAUAAGCGAUUAUGAUUUUGAUUCAUUGAAAAGAUCAUCCAUUCAUUAUUGGAUUGGUAAAUGCUUAUUGGAUAUCCAGAAUGCGACGUCACAUUCGGUAGUGAUUGAAUCUAUAAACAGUUUGACACUUUAUAUCAAUUUAUAUAAUAUUAGUAAAAAUGUUUUGGAUGUAACAAACAGUGAUGAUGUCUUAUCUCAUUCUUGGGAAAAGACGUUUAAGAAGUUUCUUAAAGUGUUGCCUUCCAGUCAAGAAGAUGUAUAUUUAUUAAAAGUUGUAAUAAAGUUUCUACAGAUCCUGGUACAGUGUUAUAAAAAUUCAGAUACAAAAUGCUGGAUAAUAGAAUUUUUAAAAGAUCCAUCACGUUGCAUCUUGGACUUGCUUUCAUCGGACAAGUCCUCCGACGAAGACUUAAAAACCCUACCGGAAGAAUUGUUAAAACUGAUCUCCAUAUGUGCGUGUCAAGAGCAACAUUACUUGGACUACUACACCGACCCGUCACCCAAAACAUCCACCACAUCUUGGUGGCACGUGAUCAAACUUCUAGCCGACAAUCUAAAAUCCAGCGACGCCCAACACUUCUACAACCUAGCGUUCUUGGAUUGCGCGCUGUCGUGUCUGGCGAAUCUGACAGCCACGCUCGGAUGGAGUGAUUCGAGGGCGGGCUUGCCGCCCAAAGAACCGGUACCACAGAUGCUGCGGAUCCUUUGCGAGAUAGUGGUUGCGUUUCACUGCAGCAAAGGACCGUCGGCGGCCGUGUCCGUGAUGGGGCUCAGCAUCACCAGGCACGUGCUCCUGAUCCUGAACCACGUCAUCGCCGAGCUGCAGAACUCCAAGGUCAAAGGGUGGGAGCUGUGCUUUUUGGAUUAUACGGACGAACAGAACGUGUUCAGGAACUUGGUGGCGCUUUGGGCCAGCAGGGACGUCGUCCUGAAGGCGGCGGCCUUACAGUUGUUCAACGCGUUGGCCACAUCGCCGAGGAUUGCCAUAGAAAUCGUGCAAAACGUUUCUCUGGAUAAUUCAGGCGUUUGGGACUUGGCGUUUUCCGUAUUGGUGGAUGGAAGUGAAGCCAAUAUUGUCAAGGAGAAUGCGCUGUUACUUUUAGCCAACUUGUCAAGUCAUACAGUUUUAAUAGCCAAUGAUAAACUUAGUUUACACACUAGUAUAUCACCAAGAACAAGACAGGACUCUGGGUUGCAAAUUAUGUCUUUGAUGGAAGAAUAUGAUUUCUUCAACCAAAUGGACAUUUUACUGAACAAUUUAUUCACUACGAGAAUUCCCGACGAUAAUUAUAGUGAUUUUAUAUCGACAGGUUACAGUGAAUCAAUAUCAUCAAGAACUUCCAGUUCUAAAACCGGUGUGACUGAAUUAAUAUUUAGACCCAUUGUUACAACUCCUAGUCUUGUAAAAAAUAUGUCGAUAUUUUUGACUAACGUUCUUGCAUUAGCUCCUAUUGAAGUUGCCAAUAAACUACACGAAAAUGGACUUCUCAAACAACUAUUAAAAUCUUUGUGUGUUCCAUCUGUGUCCAUGAAAACCACAAGAGAAUUAUCACUGUAUUGUGAUUUAUUAGAAAUGAAUACUUACAUUUGCUUUUGUCUGAGCAAAACUGCGAGUUGCAGUACCGUUUGUUUGGGAACAAUUCUUCACACGCGGGACUGCUUUACUGUGCUCCUACUCUUAUUAAAUCCGAAAAUAUAUCAUACAAGUCUACCCCAGUUGACGUACUUAAGGAACAGACUCUGGAGCGAGAUCUUCCACUUGCUGACUAUACUCAGCGAUCUUUCCACAGGUGCUGAUAAGUCCUUGCAUCAAAAAGCUGUCGCAUCUUUGGGAAUAUUUUUAGAAACCAUCAACGACAUUGGGGCAGAGCCGUUUUUGGAAACUAUCUGCGAAUCGUUGUCUUGCGUAGGUUCAACCGACUUGCAAAAUACCGCUCUGAUUUGCCUAGCGUCUUUAUUGCGGGUUGAAUUAAUUAGGGAACCAAACAAAAACGAUAGUUUUAUUACUAAUUCGGUGCAAACAAUAUUCGAUAGUGUUAGAUCGCCUCGUAAUUUCAUACCCUCAAACAAUGAAUCUAAUGAGGAAAACAUUAAACCAAAAGAAUGGAAAAAUAAGGACGACAACCAGACUAAAUCAAUAAAAGAUAACUAUUUUAAUUUAUUGGAGGAAACUUAUUUCCACGGAGGACAACUUAAGAAACUACCUAGGAAAGUAACACAAGAAAGUACUACUACUACUACAGUCAGUGAAUGUAAUAGUUUAAUGGCAGGUGGAGAAAUUUGUAAAAUAUUAAUGCGCAUGUACGAAGUGGAAGAAGUUAAGACCAAAAAAACUUCCACAACUAGCAAAAGAAAGUCGAUGGUUUUGUCUGCACUUUCUGGUUUACUGUGCAUCUCAGAAGAGGCAAAACGAUAUGCGUACGAAAACGGGUUAAUGUUCACUAUUAUGCAGAAGCUUAGAGAGUAUGUGGUAAAACUGAGCCUUGAUUCUGUCGAAUGUCUAAGGAAAGUUUCGGACAAAAAACGGGUUUGUCCUAUAUUGCAGGAGGUCGCGGAAAUUGUUGGUUUGACCACAAACUUUAUGUACGAGAGUGAAGAUAUUAAAAUGGAGGGAGCAAAGUAUGAUAUAGCUGAUGUUUUGCACAAGCUCUGGGUUUGGUUUUCUGUACAAAGUGGUUACUUAGUGAAUGUACUCAGUUUGCUUUGCACCUUUACCACAAAUUGUCCUAUAGCUUGUCAGUCAUUACCACUUACAAACUCAAGUAUUGGCUCUGGACCAAAGAAAACACCAAGUAGUUUAUCGUUAUUACACGCAAUUGUGGUAUUGAUAGAGAAGCAAAUGAAUCAAGUGAGCAAAACCCACGAUCUCACCAUUCUCGAACUAUGCUUUGACAUCCUCCAUAAUUGUUCAGCUCAGUUGGAGUGCCGCGUGUUACUAUCAAAGGGUAAUUUGUUCCAAAGCAUGUCACGUUUACAUCCCGCCAUGACCAAGAGACAGAAACCGUGGGGCAGCAUUGAAAUGAUAUGGCUGAAAUUUUUGCAAACAUUCACCAAAUUUCCUGAAGGACAGGCGUGCGUGGCUAAAAUAAACGAUGCCUUGGAAAUCAUCUUGACAUUAACCAACAGUCCGAAGGCAGAAAAUCGUUCUGCCGCUCUCGCAGUUCUGAGAAAUUUGGCGUUCUAUCAGCCAAACAGGGCCAGACUAAUGUCGUCGUCGGAGUUCUUAAGCAUAUUGUCAACGAAACUGGAUAAUGGAGAUGUGCAGGAGGUGAACACUGUAGUUGUUAUUAUGUGGACUUUGGCGGCGAACAGUCAAAAGGCUAAAUUAAUGUUAAAGUCUGCCAACUUGGACAGAAAAUUACAGGAUGCUAUCAAACAUUACAAAUUGAUUGGUGAUUAUGAUGCAGAAAGAGAAGAUAUACAAAGGAUGCACUAUGUCUUGGGUAUUUUAAGAGACAAUGAAAAAGUUCGGUGACCUUUUAUAUGUUUUAUGAAGUUUUUACUAGUUUUAUACCUAUUUAUUGAUGUAUUUUUAUUAAAUAAAUUAUUUUUAUAUGUA